AUGAAGGCAUUGGCAGUGUUAACAAGUUUUAUCAUUAAUUCAACUGCAUUCGCAGCCAUUAUAAACCACCAAAUAGUUGAUGAUCAAAGAAAUCAACCAUAUUUCUCUUCCGAUAAGAGGUUAUUGAAAACAAUGCCACAUAAUGUGAUUCCAGUAGACCAUUCCAAUCUUCAAAAUAAGUUAGCCAAGAGAGAACAGAAGAUUAACGUUACCGCAUUGGUGAAUACAAAAUUAGAAAUUCCCAUGGCGGAUAUUUGCAAGAAGGCAGAACAUUUAAUUGAAUCAUCACAAGAUUUAUACGCUUUACAAUUACAUUGUCCUGAGUUAAUGGGUUCCAUGAUCUUUUCCACCAAUUACCAUGAUUCAUUAAUUAGUUUGGGUCAAAUGAAUACAAUUCAUGGCGAUGUAAUAAUAAUGGAUUUAGAUUCAGUGGUUCAAAUGCAAGCAUUAAAUUUAAUUACCAUGGAUGGGAAUUUCAUCUUAAAGGGGUUAACAUCAUUAGUUUCUUUAGAGAUACCAAAUUUAAUAAAGGUAAAUUCCAUAGAUUGGGAAGUGGUUCCAAUAUUAAAUAAUGUGGAAUGGAAUUCAAAUUUAAAAGUUAAGCAAAACAUUAUAAUUUCAGAUACUUCCAUAACCAACUUGGAUAAUAAUUUUAAUAAAGUGGAAACAAUUGAAAUAUUGAAUAUUAAUAAUAAUAGAUUCUUGGAAACCAUAAAGACAAAUAUUAAAUUCAUUACCAAACAAUUCAAUGUGCAUGCUAAUGCAAAGGAAUUAGAAUUAGAAAUGCCAUAUUUACAAGAUGUGAAAAAUAUUACCAUUAGAGAUACUUCUGCAAUUUGGUUCCCCAAUUUAAUUCAUGUGGAAAGUUCAAUGGAAUUUAUUGAAAAUUCAUUUACCCAUUUGGAAGUCCCCAAUUUAAAAGACAUUGGUGGUACCCUCGGUAUAAUUGAUAAUCUUUUGUUAGAUACAGUGGAUUUCAAUAAUGUAACUGAUAUAAAGGGAGGAGUAAUGAUUGCAAAUAAUUAUAGGUUGGAAAAGAUAGAUUUUUUCAAAUCAUUAAAACAAAUUGGAGGUGCCAUUCAUUUUGAUGGGAGAUUUAAAGAUACACAAUUGGAUAAUUUAAAAUUAGUCAAGGGAAGUGCAUAUAUUAAGAGUAAUUCUGAAUCAUUAGACUGUAAUAAAUGGUUGAAACCAUUAAAUGGUAGAUCUGUAAUUAGAGGUGGAAAGAUAAAUUGUGUCUCCGGUAAAAAGGAAACUGUUGUUAAUGUUAAAGAUGAUGGUACAGUAAUUAACAAGAAGGAAGGUAUCAACGGCAAGCAACAAGCUGAUGGUGAUGAUGAUGAUGAUGGCAAUGAUCAUGAACCACAUACAAUCAAACAGAGGAACAGUGCCAGGUCCCUAACAUCUUCGAAUAUCUAUCAUGUUAUUCUAUUACUUUGCUACCUUAUUAUAGGAUAA